AUGGGCGCCCUGAAGCUGAACAUCGGCACGCCGCUGUCGCCUAAGUCCAAGGCGCAGCAGAAGGUCAUGACCGCCAUCCGACGCAAGAGACGGCGAGAAGAUCCUCCAACGCCAGAAGAAUCUCCGUCACCGCGGAGCAAGCGACAUCCUGCCAUAUUCGCGCUAGGCAGAGAAAGGGACUUCUCGCUGAUCAAGGACGACGACAACCAGGCCCAACGCCAUGAUCCGAGCGAGAUUGUCCCUCAACCCUCCUCCAACGGCGUCGAGGUAGGCUCAAUCGGGCCGCCCCAGAUCACCGCUGGCGGCUCCGCAGCCGUAUCCAUCGCCGUCGCCUUCCCCAAGAGCGGCCGUGCCCCCGACGGAGGCCCUCUGGUGGGCGUUCCUCAGCCGGCCAGAGCCCGGACGAGAACGGAUUCGGAGGCAUCUCUGGGCUCACCGGCCGCGGACCUCUCGGCUGCGGCCGCACAGAGUGCUUCGAGUGGUCCCGGCCAUCACGAAGAAUCUCAUCCGUCCUGGGAUCCAGACAGUCUCGAUCCGUCAUCUUCUGCCCGAGAUGAUCGUGAUCGUGGGGGAGCGAUGGUCCAUAUGGUCUCGCACGACAGUGUUCUCCGAGUCGUUGCACGACGUCGGGGACUGGGCAACCUCGACAGGGUCCUCCUACCAUUCCCGCGGGAGAUGCUCGAGCCGUUCAGGAUUCCUUGUCACAAGAAUCUGCUCGCUCGACUGCGCGUUCUCUCCGUCCCAUUCACCGACUUCCACCCCGAAACGGCCUUCAUCAUGGUGGUGGUUGAGCAGGGGUCCUUUACCUUUGGCAGAGGACCUCUGGAAGGAGGAGCGCAGGUGCACUACAAUUCGUUUGUCGUGCUCCUUCAGGUGCUGAAGGAAUACCAGGAUGCCGUUUCGCUUUCCGAGGGGUAG